GGGAGUUUGAAAAACAUAAACAUCAUUUUUCACCACACGAACAUCUGCAGAAAUGUUGGCCAAGGCCCCAAAACUGAAGAAUACCAUCAAAUCAAAAAUGAAAAGCAACGUUAAUGUGAGGCCGGCGUCAGAGGCGAUGAUUGAACUACUGACGCUGCUUUUCCUGAGCAGUCUGGCUGAGGAGGCGAAGGCCAAAGCUUUUGAGGAGAAAUCUGCAACCAUCAGAGCUCACCACGUCAAAUCAGUCUCCAAGAAAUUGCUGAAAAAAGCUAGAGGAUGAAAACCGUGGAGUGUCAUCGUUGUAUUUAUGAUCAUCUUACGAACGUAAUUGGGACGGCAGCAAGCUUUUGUUCUUCUAAAUUUUUUAUAUUUUUAUUGUAUUGCCUCCUAUUUAUGUUCCUGUGUUUAAACCUUUGUUGUAUUUAAGUUCUUGUGAAUCUAUUUUCCAACACCAAAUUUGUGUUUUUAAUGUCUUGUAUAAUUAUUUU